AAAAGGAGUUCAAUCUUGCUAACUUACUACAUGGCUCCUUGUAGCUUUCCUGAUGUUUAUUCCUGGAUACAGAACCUACCACCACUUUCUAAAUGGAAAACAACUUCCAUUUCUACAUCCAUAUGCUCUUCAAGCUCAAGCAACUCCUCCCUCAAUGUUGUUGCAGCCAAAAGCCUUCAUUCCGCAACCAUUACUUUAUCGGUUAUUGCAGAUUUUAGCCUUCCUAUCUCUCUUUGGAGUUCAGAACCCUUAAAGACCAGCACCAAAUCCUCAAAUUUAUUAGAUGACCAAGAAAGCAUAUCCAGUCUCUUGCUUAAUUGUAUUCGCGAUGUUCUUCAUUAUGGCUCAGACCAGCAAAAGAAUUUUAGCUUUGGUUUCCUCAAACUCAACAUUACUUUCAACCCAAAAGAAAUUUUCAAUGUUACAUUUCUUAACCUUCUAUUCCUCAUUUGCAUUUAUGAAGCUCCGACCGGUCUGCGUUUGGAUUGUCUGACAACUCUCAAGUAUCAUUUAACCAAUUUUCAGUCAAGACAGGCAUCAAAGAUGCUCAUGAAACUGUUGGGGUCUAAUAUAGAGGAGCAAUGGAUGAGGUCCAUAAACCUUGCAAUCACCAACUGGAUAGUCGAGCUCAAAGCCAACAGCUGCAUGCUCAAAACACCCUCACCUUUGUUCUCUUGUUCAUUUUCAACACAUGGAUCGUGGAAAGUUCAACUCUAUUGCCCUGUCAUUGCAAUGGAUCGUAUUGAGAACUCACGCAAUCCUUCGACUAAUGAAAGAUUGCAACUCUCCCUAAAUUAUCACCAGCUAGAAGGGGUUCUGCAGUUCAAUUACAAGGCUGAGGUUCGAGAAAAGUGGAUUAAUCUGAGAGUUCACGUUGACAACAUAAGGUGCAACAUCAUCCCGCUCGUGAACGACAUGCUCUUGUCCAAACGAGGAGUCGGCGGAUCAGAGAAGUAUUUUCCAUCACGGAUCUCCUUGCAGCUCACUCCAACUCUACAAACAAACAUAAUGAGCGUCUCAGUAAGCAAAUCAUCAGACAACCCUAUAAUAGAAGUCGGAACCAAGAAAACCCUAGAAGCCGGAUUCGAACCCUCAAACCCUUACCCAGGCCUCAAAUUAGCAGUCGGAGAGACAGUAACGGCGAGCUUGAAGCCAUGGAAAUUCGAGCAGUCCGUCUAUGGCAACACCGGAAUCCUGAACUGGUACCUCCACGACAGCUCCGAUGGCAAAGAGGUGGCCUCGAGGAAGCCAUCGAAACUUGCGCUGAUAAACCCUAGAGCUUGGUUCCGGGACCGGUACUCGAGCGCUUUCCGGCCAUUCAACAGACAGGGAGGCGUCAUAUUCGCCGGAGAUGAGUGCGGAGAGAGUGUUUGGUGGAAGAUUGACGGAACGGCGAGAAGGAAAACCUUGGAAUGGGAGAUCAGAGGUUGGAUUUGGUUAACGUAUUGGCCAAACAAACACAAGACGUUCUACAAUGAAACCAGGAGACUGGAAUUCAAGGAGAUGCUUCAUAUUUCAAUUCCUUAGCUUUGAAGAAGCAGUAGAAAUGGAGGGAAAAUUAACAAGUUCGAAACAAUUUGUUACUUACCAUGUCAUGCUCACUUUCCCAAAACCCUUAAAUCAAUCUAUAAGUUGCUAUCUAUUUUCACAUGAAUUUAGACCUCUCUAAGAUCGGUUGAACAA